AUGAAGCACGAUGAGGAGCAGCCAGGACCCAGGACUAUUGGCCCCUUUGUGGUCGGCUUGCAGCAGACUCGGCGGGAGCAGAUUGCUGCCUGGUAUGGAGUGGCCGCGCUGUUCUUCGUGGUUUUGGUCCCCACUCUCAACUCCACCAUCCUCGCUUACUUCACCUCCUCUCUUCAGAAGGACUGUGGGCUCACUAUAGCUCAGUACGGCCUGCUCACAGGCUAUGCAAGCGGGCUGGUGAAUGCGAUUGCAUCCCUUGUGCUCGGGUGGGGAGUUGACCGAUACAAUUGGCCGCGCACCUAUGUGCUGGCAGCGGCAAACCUGCUGUUGUCGGGCAUGUACAUUCUGGAGGGGCUGUCGAGGAAUUUUGGGAUGCUGCUGGCUGCUGUGAUGGUGGGCUCUGUGGGGGCUUCGGUGCACUUGACUCUGUCUGUGUCACUGGUAUCUGAUCUACUGCCGCCACAGCACGCCAGCAUCGGGCAGGCCCUGAUCUUCACGGGGGAGGCGGUGGCGGUGGUGAUGGGGGGGAAUAUCGCGUACGCGUUCAAGGUCCAUAACAUAACCUGGCGUGCUGCGCCCAUCGGCCUGGCAGUAGCUUCCUUCUGCGUUUCUCUCGCUGUGGGGCUGGGAAUCAAGGAACCCAAAAAGGGACGCUUCAUCAUUGAGUCAAAGGAGGGUGGGAGGAAGUUUGAGCUGUGGUCUGCGCUGGCAUACAUGGCUAAUAUGAAGACCUUCUGGAUGCUCAUCGUGGGCCUGGGCAUCAGGAUGAACGCUGGUCAUUUGGUGCUGGCCUACAUGCCGCCAUUCUUUGGUGCACUGUACCCGAGGAACAUCGAGAAGCGGCCGUGGAUGGCGCUUUACACUGGAGCCAUCGGCGGCGUUGGCGGCGGCGUGUUCUUCAUGAUUUCUCUCUGGUCGCGCAAGAUUGCCGGCAACGGCGGGUACGCGCUGAUGCUGGUCUGCAUGGCGUGCGGCGCGCUGCUCGCGAACGGUGCAACAGGUCCCUUGGCUGCGCUAACGACUCUGAUUCUGCCACCCGAGUUCAAGUCUUUCGCCCUGUCGGUGUACGAAUUCCUGACCGGGCUACUGGCGCCCAUGUACUCUGUCAUCAUUGGCGUGGGCCUGCAGGCGGUUGCGCUGAGCGCAGAGAGGCAGGUGGGCUCAAACAUUGGCGGGCCGGGGCCGACCUCAAAAUUGGAGGCGGGUGAGAGGACCUUCAAGGCGGCACAGAUCCUGUUGGCAGUCGGGCUGCUGUUUUCGUUCGUGGGCUCUGCUUCCUUCUUCGUCCCAGCCUCCUGGGGCGUUCUCUCCGACAUCAGGAAGCAGAGGGAGAGGGCGGAGGGAACAGCGCCGCCGGAACGGCUGCCGCUGUGGCGCAAGGUAGCCAUGAUCACGGCCGUCAUCGCCGUCAUCAUAUUAGUCAUCUGCCUCCUCAUCAUCUCCCUCGCAGCAAGUUUCAACCCCGGAGGGUUCCGUAAGCGCCUCGGCUGAGUACAGCUUGACAUCGCCCCAACAAAGAUCCAGGAACUCUGGAAGGUCAAUCUCAAGACAAGAAUGUUGGUAUUUUCUGGGCCAAUUUGAGAUUGAGAUCUGCCCUGUGAAUGUGGCAAUCUGUGUGGCGAAGAGUCUUGGGCGGAAUAGAAACCAGCCCUGAACAAAGAAGCAUAGUCUUAAUGCUAGGGAGAAUUCUUCUGGGGAAACAAGUUUGCUGAGUCAUUUUGCAAGGCCAGGGCCUCUUCUGGUGCACAAAUUCGGCAAGCAUGUGCUAAAAAGGCAACAACUGUUAUAUUUUUUGGAAGUUUUGAGCCCCUGCAGAAUGGCAGCAGAGGGUGGCUGAACAUUGCUGGGCUACUGAAACAUUUCCCGGCAGUAUGAACAAAGACUGACCGGCAAAAAAUUGUUGUCUUGCCAACGAAACAUAUUGUCGAGCAUUGAGACGCACAGAGCAGUCUGUUUAAGUUUUUGACUUGGUUGACGAAGGUUGGCUCAGACAGAUUCUGCCCUGAAGAAGAAAAUUGAUUACACCACUGUGAUAGAACUAACCCAACCAUGAAGGCAGAUGGAGGCAAAUGAUAGCACCAUAAGCACCCGAGUUGGCAGCACUCUGCAGUGCACAUGAGCAGUGAUGCGGUCUGCAAAGACUGAGCGCUUUGUCUGUGACACUCAAAAUAAGAUGAAGUGAAUGACUCGGCUGCGUUCUGUGGCCAAUGCUGUUUGGAUUAGGGCUGGAUUCAGACUUUCUUCUUCAUGGUACGUUUUGUUGCCUGUCUGGUCAGGUGUAUGAGCUCAAGAUCUUAAGAUGACAAGGAACCAGAUGUGACUGAAGUAGAUUUGCUGGAACAUAUCUACAAAGGAGUAAUGGGUUGCCUGCACGUCACAUACCCCGAGCGGAAGGAUCAAAUGCAAGAGUGCACGAAGUGUAAAAUGCAUUGCGAAUAAAUGUAAAGUGAAUGUCUC